CCUCGUACAGUAAUGUGGCUGCCAUGGCAACUGCCGAUUCACCGUCUGCAGCCGCCCUCAUGCAGCCAGGCCCGCCAACAUUGGUAGGCCUCUGCAUUAGCAUAUCGUUGCCUGAAUUUGCUACAUGGGUUGCAGCAGUCUGAGCAGGUCUUGAGGACACGGAGUAACAGCCGGCUAAAGAGCAGCCGAUCGGAUGGGCAACGUACCCACUGCAGUGAAGCACUGCCUGAGCUAUGAGCAGCUCAUCCAGGACUACCCGUGGCUAAAACGCUUGCUUCUGGAGGAGAAGACCAUCACUGAACAUGAGUAUCCAGAGUUUGUCAGAAUAGUUGAAGUUGGACCGAGAGAUGGACUUCAAAAUGAAAAGGAAAUUGUUCCGACGGGGGUGAAAAUCCAGCUGAUAGACAUGCUUUCUGGAACAGGCCUCCCUGUGAUCGAGGCCACCAGCUUUGUCUCUUCAAAGUGGGUACCGCAGAUGGCAGACCACACUGAUGUACUCAGAGGAAUCCACAGAGAACCUCAUGUUCGGUACCCUGUUUUGACACCGAACCUGCAAGGUUUUCAUGAUGCUGUUGCAGCUGGUGCUACUGAAGUGGCGGUGUUUGGGUCAGCGUCUGAAACCUUUAGUAAAAAAAAUAUUAACUGCUCUAUUGACGAAAGCAUGCUGAGGUUUGAGGAAGUCAUUAAAGCUGCCAAAGAGCGACAAAUUCCAGUCCGUGGAUAUGUCUCCUGUGCCCUUGGAUGCCCCCUCGAGGGACACAUUGAACCUUCCAAAGUCUGUGAGGUGGCAAAGAGGUUGUAUGAAAUGGGCUGCUAUGAGAUUUCCUUGGGGGACACCAUCGGUGUCGGCACACCCGGUUCCAUGUUUAAGAUGCUGCAGAGUGUGAUGACCGAGGUGCCGACCAACGCUCUAGCGGUUCACUGCCACGACACGUACGGGCAAGCGCUGCCCAACAUCCUGACUGCACUUCAGAUGGGGGUCUGCGUGGUGGAUUCGGCGGUCGCCGGCCUCGGAGGUUGCCCGUAUGCCCAGGGUUCAUCUGGCAACGUGUCAACAGAGGACGUGCUCUACAUGCUCCAUGGCGUGGGCAUUGAAACCGGUGUGAACCUUGCCAAAGUUUUAGAGGCUGGAGACUUCAUCUGCGAGGCUUUAGGUCGCGAGACGAACUCAAGGGUCGCCCGGGCGAGAGGCAGAAUCCUGUAAUGCGUUUCUUUAAAGGAAUACAUUAAGAUAUUUGACUCCCUUGAAACUGCUUCCCUUGUUGUUGCUGCCUUCAGAUGCUUGCUUUGCUUUUGUUGUUGAAGUACAUUUCUCCUCGCGAAAAUGUCCGAGGCGUCUCAUCCAAAUGAUCUCCAGGAAGACCAAAGGAUGUUCAGGCCAUUCUUGAGUUCAGUUCCCUUUUCACAUCCACAAAUUGAGAGUGUGUCUUGAAGGCAGAAUGACACAAAGACACCAUUAUGAUUGGCUUAAAAAUCUUGUAGGUCAUGUAUCUCUGUAUGGAUAGAUAUUACAUUAGCUGACAAUAAAGGUGGGUUAGUAACUGAUGAAUGUCCAGAUAAUGCAUACUGGCCUUUUAAAAACGUAUUCACUUCUUUAUCAAAUUGACAGACAAAUUCAUGCAAUGAACAUGAAUUACUUUCAUUACUUUGUGAAGGUCAAUAACCUUAACAAGUAACGUCAAAAAAUAAGAAUUGAGUCUGUUUUGUAAAUUAGCUGAACUCAAUUUAUUACUAAUGCGGAAUAUCUCUUUAUGCACUUUACUUCUCUGAAAUACCUUUUCAGCUUCUCCUGCUGGACUCUGAUCACGUAUAAAUAAUAAUCACAAACUAGACUCCUUUAAGUACCUUAAAAUAACAAUAAAAAAGCCGUUUCUGAACAGUGUUUGCCCUCAGAUUUGCCAAAGAUUGUUUAAAAAGUGCCCCAUUAUCGUUUUUUGACAAUGAAAAAGCUUUUAUCAUGACAUAAGUGACAGUAUAAGAGGAUCCUUUGUGUGAGUGUUGAAUGUGGUUUUCUUCUGUCUUUUUAUAUCCUGUGAUGUCUGUGAAACAUGAUGAAAUAUGAAUAUUGAAAUGGAACGUGACACUAAAGGAUUAAUACCAUUGUAUCUGUAGUAUGGUGGCAAACAGUCAAUGCUGAAUAUACUGUCUCAUUAUCAGAUAAUUGUCUUUUCGUGAAACCAAUGCUGGAGGAUUAAGACGAUCCAAAUAAAGAAAAAAAUAACAGA